AUGUUCGGACGGCCGGCUAAGGGCCAGCUUGCGGCACAAGCGGGCUCGGAGACCAGACUUGCAGCCGGGCACCCGCAAGGAUUCAUUCUUCUCGUGAACAUCAAGACUAUCACCAAACACACUCUCCGCAUCAUGGCUGUAAUGGACGAAGUAGAACGGUGGUAUGAUGAAACAAAACGUCGCGAGAGCACACGGUUCCCCAACAACACGCCGCUCGCCGUCACUUUCCUGAAGAAUCGAGAUCGCCGCUGCGUUCGUGACUCGGGCAGAACAUGUACCAAAAAUCCCAUUAGUUUGUCAUUAAAUAGCAGGCAACCUGCCGGUGUUACUAGCAGUGCGAAACCUUCAGCUUAG